GUUCCUCUGUUCGCAGCCCGUUCUGUGCGCGGUGACGCCAGGAAAUCACAUGUUACGUCAGGUCCUGGGAUCGGACACCGGCUGGUAGUGUGGUCGAGAUGGGGAAGGCGGAUUUUCUCUCCCCAAAGGCGAUCGCCAAUCGCAUUAAAUCGAAGGGUCUACAGAAGCUGCGAUGGUACUGCCAGAUGUGCCAGAAACAGUGCCGGGACGAGAAUGGCUUCAAAUGUCACUGCUUGUCAGAGUCUCACCAGAGGCAGCUACUGCUUGCUUCAGAGAAUCCAGAUCAGUUCAUGGAUUAUUUUUCAGACGAAUUUAAGAACGAAUUUUUGGAGUUGCUGAGUCGGCGAUUUGGUACUAAACGUGUUCACAAUAACAUUGUGUACAAUGAGUACAUCAAUUAUCGAGAGCAUGUACACAUGAAUGCCACACAGUGGGAGACACUGACAGACUUCACAAAAUGGCUGGGCAGAGAAGGUUUAUGUAAAGUUGAUGAAACCCCUAAGGGCUGGUACAUUCAGUACAUAGACCGGGAUCCAGAAACAAUCAAGAGACAGCAGGAGCUAGAGAAAAAGAAGAAACAGGAUCUCGAUGAUGAAGAGAAAACUGCAAAAUUUAUCGAGGAGCAAGUUAGAAGGGGCAAAGGUGAAGCGGAGCCGGAAACUCCUGUGUUUACUGAAUUAAAUCGGGAAAGUGUGGAAGAGAAAAUUGCAUUUAAUCUUGGGAAAGCUGCAAGCACAUCAGGAGCCACAGCUUCAAAAUCCAGUUCUCUGUCAUCUAAUGUGCUGAAAUCUGCUACGUCAUCUGGAGCAGUCAAGAGAAAAGACCCAGUUCAGGCUCAAGCCAAAGAGAAGAAAAAGAGAUCUGCCCUUGAUGAAAUAAUGGAGAUGGAAGAGCAGAAAAAGAAGACGGAAAGAAUGGACUUUUGGUUGCAACCUGAAAUUGUUGUAAAAAUUGUAACAAAGAAGUUGGGUGACCGCUAUUACAAGAAAAAAGCAGUAGUAAAGGAAGUGAUUAAUAGAUACACAGCAAUUGUGAAACUUGUGGAUUCUGGAGAUAAACUGAAGCUUGACCAGACACAUCUAGAAACUGUUAUCCCAGCACCAGGGAAGAGAAUAUUGAUUUUAAAUGGUGGAUACAAGGGAAAUUACGGUGUUCUAGAUUCCAUAAAUGAGAAGCUCUUUUCUGCCACAAUAGUUAUUGAUUCAGGUCCUUUGAAAGGUCGUAAGGUGGAAGAGUUGCCAUAUGAGGAUUUUUCUAAGGUGGCGUGAUUGCUAUGUACACAUCUGCUGGAAAUCUACAAAACUCUACUAUGUCAGGGUUUUUAUAGACUGUAUAUAUUUGUUGCUUCACUUUGGAUGGUCGGCUGCUAGCCUCAACUUGCAUCUACCUUCUCUAUUGAAGUUUAUCUCUUACUAAAGUAAUGGACGUUCCUGUAAUAAAAUACUUUUUUAUUUUA